AUGAGGGGCAUACGGGCUUGGAGCCAGUCCUGGACGCUGACCAGAAGGCUAGCAACGUCAGCAACUCCCAAAAAGUCUGAUAUAUUCAUAGUGGGUGGUGGGCCAGCGGGACUAACCUUAGCAGCUGCCAUCAAGACUUCACCGUACCUGUCAAGCUUGAGUACCACACUUGUAGAUGCUGGUGAUCUCAAAGGAAGAACAGCUCAGUUUUAUAACGAGCCUCCUGAGAAGUUCACCAAUAGAGUUAUCAGUUUGACGUCACAAUCCAAAAAGUUCCUCCAAGAACGUGUGGGUGUCUCUCUCAUGGAAGACCGCAUGCAGGCGUUUGAUGGCCUGUACGUGUCGGACGGAUGCUCUGAUGCGCAGCUGGAGAUGGAGCGGGACUCAAUGGGCUACAUGGUGGAGAUUUUGAACCUGCAAAGCUCGGUGUUGAAGAGACUUUCCGAUCUUCAGGCUCCAAACUUGGAGCUCAUAGACCAGACGAAAGUACUUGAAAUCAAGUCGAAAGAUCCAACAGAUCCUCAGUCGUGGCUAACUGUUUCUUUGAGCAAUGGGGAGGUCUAUGAAACUCGGCUUCUAGUGGGAUGCGAUGGUUUCAAUUCCCCGGUCAGGAAAUUUUCCAAGAUAGAAUCUCGGGGCUGGUUUUAUAACAGAUUUGGUGUCGUGGCUACUAUGAAGCUAGACUUCCCGCCAUUCAAGGUUAGAGGCUGGCAAAGAUUUUUACCCACGGGCCCAAUUGCCCACCUUCCAUUGCCUAACGACAAUGCUACCCUUGUCUGGAGUACCACAGAACCAUUGUCAAGACUGCUUUUAGCGCUUGAUCCCGAGCAGUUUGUGCUACUUGUAAAUGCCGCGUUUGUUCUUGAUGACGUUGACAUGCAAUACUACUACAAGCAAUUGGAGCGGGGGACUAUCACGACAGCCGAAUUAAAAGAAGAUAUCACACACCGUACAGAAUUGCGAUAUGGUAAACUAGAAAACGACUCUAUGAUUGACGAAAUUUAUCCGCCAAUUGUUAGUGAGAUCGAUGGUAAGUCAAGAGCAAGAUUCCCUCUUAAAUUGUCACACGCUGAUUCUUAUGUUGCAGAUAGAAUUGCAUUAGUCGGUGAUGCAGCUCACACUACUCAUCCGCUGGCUGGACAAGGGCUCAAUAUGGGUCAGGGCGACGUGGAGUCGCUAGUAAAGGUUCUAGAGAACGCCAGUCAAAGAGGGUUAGACCUCGGGUCAUUACUGGCUUUGGAACCUUACUGGGCCGACCGGUAUCCAUAUAACAACAUGCUCUUAGGGGUGGUUGACAAGCUGCACAAAAUAUACUCUACUGAUUUCGCGCCAAUUGUUGCAGCAAGGAGCUUGGGACUGAAGGCCAUUCAGGGACUGGGCCCGAUCAAGGAUUUUAUGAUGGCACGAGUAAGUGGACCAGGGAGGUAA